UUAAGAAUAGACAGCAGCAGCCCUUACAAUCAUGGCAUUAUCUAAGGGACCAGUGCCAAGAGCUGACAAGAUACCAAGAGCCACUCCUGUACUACAAGACAUCAAAUGUAUAGCAGCUAUUGACUUUGGGACCUCAUCACUAUCAGUAGCAUACACUGCUCCAACAACGAGAGGAGAUGUAAAAGUUCUAGCACUUCACAGUACACUGGAAAGAGUCCCAAAUGCUAUACUGAUCAUGAAGGAACAAGAAGGGGAGCAGUAUACAACAAUUGGAAUUGGAAAUCAAGCACAAAAUAUAUACAGCAGUAUGAGGAAAGAUGUUAAAAAUGUCACAUACUUUGAAAGAAUAAAAAAUUUACUUGAAAGAGAUAAAACAUUAAAUCGUACUACUCAAGUCUCUUCAUUCACUGGAGGAUCUUACUAUCUUAUUGAAGUUAUAGCUUUUAUACUAACACACCUCAAGGAGAAGCUACUGACUCAUUUCAGAGGAGAAUACAAGUCAAGUGAUUUUGAUUGGGUCAUUACUGUUCCUGCUAUAUGGAAAGCAAGAGCAAGAAGAAUGAUGAGAGAAGCUGCUUAUAUGGCUGGUCUCACUUCUGAUGCUCCUGGUAUAACAAGGUUCACUCCAGUUGGUUCUCCUUUACCACGUCCAGAGGAGGUUAAUCCUCAGAAGCUAUCAUUAGCUCUAGAACCAGAAGCAGCUGCUAUAUAUGCACAUAAGUAUUCAGAAGUUAAAGGCCUUCCUCCACAGAGAUAUAUGGUAGUUGAUAUAGGAGGAGGUACAGUUGAUAUUACUGUACAUGAUAAGAGUAAUGGGAGAAUUAGUGUAGUACUACCACCAAUGGGUAACACCUGGGGAGGAACAACCAUCAAUGAAGCAUUGUCAAUGUUACUGCAAGAAGCAGUAGGUGAUAAAGGUUUUGAGUCUUUCAUAAAAUCAGAUUCAAUUAGUGCCAAGGCAACACUAAAUAAGCUCUUCUACGAAGAAUUUGAGAAACACAAAAAAGUAUUUGGCGAGACAAUAGUGGGUUUACAUGAAGUAGUAAUAAGUUUACCAAGCAAAUUAGUACAAUUCUAUGGCAGUGAUAAGCUAAAUGAAACAAGCCAGAUGAAGAUGCAUUAUGAUCCGGGAGAUGAUUCGCUAACAAUAGGAUACAAUCAGUUAGAAGAGAAGGUGUUCCAAUUCACAAUGGAUAUGAUCAUAGAGUGUGUGACGGCAGCAUUUGAUGAGCUUAAGCCUAAUGGAGUCGAUACAGUUUAUCUAGUAGGAGGGUUUGGAGGGUGUAGGUUUGUUAGUCAAAGGAUAGAAGAAGCUAUCGCUCAGCAUCAUGGCAUGCUUUAUGAUAAUAUAGUGUGUCCUGUACAACCAGAUCUUGCUGUUGUAUCAGGAGCAGUAAUGUGGAGGAAAGAUCCUAACAUAAUCCAAUCACGUGUUGCUGAUGCUACCUAUGGGGUAGGAUGUGGUCCUAUAUUUGACCCAUCAAUACAUGAUGAACAUUACAAGUAUGUAGAUGAAGAUGGUAAACAACGUUGCAACAAUGUCUUUAAUGUAUUUGUACUCAAAGGAGAAGAGAUAAAGGAUAAAGUAUGUAAGACCACAUUAAUACCUAUUUAUCAAAGCUACACACAAAUUAGUAUCUCUAUAUACUGUACAGCAGAUGAUGGGGUUCAGUAUAUAAAAGAUAAAGAAGGUAAACUAACAGUAUGUGAGAUUGGUGAGCUAGUACUCGAUAUUCCUAAUCCUGGUAAUGUACCAAGAAAAGAGAGAGGAUACAACGUAUUUAUGGAUUUCAGUGGUACAGAGAUACAAGCAAGAGCUCAGUAUAGUAUCACUGGAGAAGAAGUGAAAACAGUUUGUGACUUUCUAUCAAAACAAGACUAAUAAUAAUAAUGAAAAUGAAAGUAACUUUUAGCAAGAGAAUGUACAUGUACAUAAU